GGCGGGGCACCUCCAAAGUGCUACCACAGUCACCUCUGCUGGCAAGGGCCCCUUACAGCCUAGCGUCGUGGGCUCUUCCUCUGGGCGAAGAUCCCCGCAAAUCCUGGCGGAUCCCGUCUUCACGGCGUGGAGGCGGGGCGCCUAAGCCCGCCUACCUCAAGGCCCAUCCCCACAGGGCACCGUGAGCGCGGAGGCCACUAGCUGCACCUCAGGCCAGCAGCCCGCGGGAGGGAUUCCCGGCGCUAACGGGCAGCAGCUUCCCUCGCAGGGGGCGGAGCUCGGCCCCUUUAAGGCCGAGGCUGCCGUAACCCGAUCCCGCAGUGAGUGGCUUGUCGCAGCCGCCGCAGCAGCCCACUGCCCCGAGCAUCCGUGCGCGCCAAGAGUCUCCCCGCAGCGCCGGCAGGGAUGGGGGAGGCGCUGCGGCCACGCUAGUCCCGCCCGGCCUCUCACCCCAGAUGAGACAUUGAGGACACUGCAUUAGAUAAGGAAGAGGCCCAAAUGUAAUAGGGGGAAUUUACUGAAAUAAGUCAUAAAGCACUCCUGAGUGAAGGCCAAGAAAAGGGAGGAGCGAUGGAUAACAGAAAGGCAGGAUAGGAAAGACACACUGAUUGCAUGAUCAAGGCUGAAGAAUGAUGGCUACCGUCAACAAACUGAUUAUUGGCAUUGCUGUUGCCAGUUUUACCAUAUUUCAGCUUCUGUUCCAUGUUCUAAGUUCUUGGGCAUCAACAAGAAUAACUCCUGCUUUUAACAAUCUCAGUCAAAAAAGGAAGAUUGAAUGGAAUUCAAGGACAGUAUCCUCAUUCCAUGCCUUGGUGGUUGGUGCUUUCUGUGUUUAUAUCUUAUUAUAUGAUGACGCUGUUAAUGCUGACCAUGUCUGGGGUGACCCUUCAAUUGUGAAACUGAAUAUUGCUAUUACUACAGGCUACCUCAUUUCUGAUUUGUUCCUUAUUACAUACUACUGGAAGGCAAUUGGUGAUAAAUUUUUUGUAAUUCAUCACUUGGCAGCUCUAUAUGCUUACUACUUUGUAUUGGGUGAAGGAAUAUUGGCAUAUUUUGGUAACUUCCGUCUGCUUGCAGAGUUUUCUACUCCUUUUGUGAAUCAGCGGUGGUUCUUUGAAGUGCUUGGUUACCCCAAAUCUUCAAAAGCCAACAUCAUCAAUGGAGUACUGAUGACAGUUGUUUUCUUCAUAGUGAGGAUUGCAGUCAUGCCUAUUUAUUAUGGCAAUGUCAUUUCUGUGUUUGGGACAGAGGCUUUCCAUAGAAUAGGAGUUGCAGCCCAAAGCGCCUGGAUUUUCUCUAGUGUUGUCUUGGAUGUGAUGAACUUGAUGUGGAUGGUCAAAAUUACAAAGGGAUGCUACAAAGUUAUUUGUCUCAUUGGACAAGAGGAAGACAAAAUGCAUAAGAAUGGAAAAUCUGACUAGAAGUUAUAUAAGUAAAACAAAACUUUUUCUGAUAAGAUCAUUUGGGUUCUUUAUUGAUCUUAACCUUUCCCUUGCCACACUAUCUGCAUGUCCAGGGCCACUUCAUUUAAAAACAAUCCCGCUCUGUGGGAAACAACAGCAUGUGACAUACUGUAUGUAUAGGCUCAUAUAAAUGAGUCUACCUAUGUGUUCUAAGCACUUAACUGACAAAUGAACUUAAAAAGAACAAAUUGAUUAGUUGGUAGCUUUCUAUCAGUAAAAUGUUUUCACUCAGGUUUCUUAAUGUGUUUUAAAGCAUGUGAAUGUUAGGAUCUUUUGUUGUAAGUUAUAUGGAAAUGGCAAGUUUCCUGCCAUGUUUCUGUGCUUUUUCUUAUUAGUAUUUGGUGUUAACAAUCAAGAUUUCAUCCUUGACAAUUUUUUAUUUUUUUGCAACAAAGACUAAGAAUUUAGCCUUGAUGCUAUGAAAUCUUUUACUGACUUUCAGCUGCCUUAUAUGCAUGGACACAAUCUUGGUGGGGUGAGGGGAGAGGUUAUGAAACAGUUUUACAGAUACUGAUAUAAUGUAGUAUUUGGGUAUCUUUUAAAAAUCUUUUCUGUGGAGGAUGCGUGUUAUUUCACUAAUAUAUUCCUAAUAGUAUUGCUGUUUAAUUUGAUUAUAAUUCUGUCUGAUUACAAGUUAACAUGGUAAACAGUAUGUGGAAACAAAGAAUUCUUACCACAGUGCUCUCUCCCUGUGAAGGCUGCAGCUAUUACUUUUGAGAAGUAUUGCAACUCUGCUUCUGAAUGUGUUAUUAUUUAAGUAGGAGACUUUUAGGUUGUAAACAAUUAGAGUGUAGGAAACUAAAUACUUUUAUAUAUGUGGUUAUGUCACAGUAACUCUCUCCCCUCCAGAGCCACCUUCUUGCUAUGAAAAUGCUCAGUAUUUGUAAGUCAUAUUUUCCUUGGAAUUCAUAUAUCUGGAAAUCUGAGGUGAUGGCCAAAGAAAGUCCAUCUUGUAUGCAAGAAGAUUUACUCGUGGACCAAUCAGAGAUUUGUUUCCUUUAUUCUCUUCUAAACUGUUGAGAAGAUCUAUAGAAUAGGUAAUAGAAGCAGCUUACAUCAUUCAGAACAACAUUCUGUUUUUGGAGCCACAUAGCAAAUGGAAGAUAUUCUGCUUUCUCUUCAAGAACUUCCAUUGAUGUCAGUGGGAGAUGGGGGAAAUUUGAGCAUGUGAGAAGAUCCGAAUAUGAAAGAGAUGCCAACCUGAUGAGAGAAUUUUUUUCUUCCAUAUAACUGGGUGGAGAGGCUAGGUGUGUUUGGGGGGGGGGAGGGGUUGUUUUUUGUUUUUCUUGAAACCAAUUCUGGUUUUGGAACAAUGUUUUUUGUUCAUUUGAUUUCCAUCACUUUCAGUUUGUGACACCAUCUGCUGGUAUGUGCUGCUGAAACUGUGCUUUUUCACACACUAGUGUGGUGCUAUUACAUAAAAACAUUGUAGCAAACUAUUCAAACAACAGCUUUUGGUUUUGUUUCUUAACACGUUAUCAAAUUCAUGCCCUGUUAGGAUAUGGUAUUUUAUGCUGUUUUCUAUAGCAGCACCCCUCAAAUUAAAUCUUCUUUCCUCUAAAUAAGUGGCUGGCUAUUGGUUAGUGUGGGAUAGAAGAGAGAGCUGUAAAGCAAACAAAAGUAAAAUAAUCCAUUUUCCAGGAUCAAGCUGUUCCUUUAUGAUUUAUUGAGGGCUUGUCUACAGUUAAGCCUCUCUGUGGCACCUAGUGAAGAUGCUGCCUACAGGGAUGGAACAGCUACUCCUGCUUGCACAGAUACUCAGCCUCCCCAAGAGGCAAUAGCUAUAUCAAUGGGAGAAGCACUCCUGUUGACAUAGCGCUACCUAUGCUGGAAGUUAGGUCAGUAAAAUUUCAGCACUGAGGGUGUAGUUUUUCCACAUCCCUGUGUGCUGCAAUUAUAUCAACAUAUGUUUGUAGUGUAUCCAGGGUUAUGUCUCCCUAGGUCACCAAGAAGACUCCACAAACUGUUAUUAGGGGUCUUUUGCACUGUCUUGUGAAAUAGCUGUGACUAAAGCAGUUCAGUUCUCCUCUGCAUACAAUCAAGUAUUAUUUAGGUUGAUAUAAUACCCACUUUUACAGGUAUAUUUACAUUAUUUAUCUAAUAGUAUUUUUUCCAGCACUUUCUUUUUAUUUUUUAAUGGACAGGAGGCAAAAAUUGCUAAUGAAUUCAGUUCCUUACACUAUAUUCUUGGCAGUCCUGUUUCCUUAUUAUGUAGAUGAGCUGUUUAGUCCUAGAAAGCACAGUAAUCAAAGUGUGUGUUUUGUUUUCUUUAAAUGUCAUUCUUGAAUUAGCACAGUGCCUUAUCUUUGGUACCAAUACAUUCAUAUUAUCAGUGAAUUGACCUCCAUAUUUUUUUUAUUAAAAGAAAGGAAAACCUGUUUAUCAAUAUGUAGAUUCAGAUACUUUUUAAUAUAAAAAUAAAUAUAUUGUAUUAGUUUUCAAGAUGGUAACUAGAUAACUAGAGAAAGAGAUUUCUUGUGGUUUGAUUCAAUAAUAGAUGAUACAUCUACACUAUGGGACAAAGUCAAAUUAAGAUAUGCAACUUCAGCUACAUUAAUUGCAUAGCUGAAGUCAAAGUAGCUUAACUCGGCUUUUGGCACUAUCUACACUCCAGGAAGUGAAAGGGAAAACACUCUUUUUGGCUUCCCUUACUCCUCGUGAAGGCAGGGUUACUGGCAUCAACCAGAGGUCUCCUCUCAGUUCAAA